ACAUCGGUACCGAUCGCGAGGAACAAAUCGUCGUUGUGUCCAUCAGCAACAACAGCAACAAAACAACCUCGAUAUAUUGCGGGCUUAUGGUGGUCGUGUCAGUGUCACACAUACUACUCAUUCUCUGUCUCUCGGCGUUAAGAGACUGCGGUAAUGUUGAGAUAAAUCUCAAUUGGGGUGAGAUGUGAUCGUUACGCGAUAUAUCUAUCUCUACAACGCGCAGUUAGCACUUUGCAGUCAGAUGUUUUACCGAUGUCGAAGCAGAUCGGGUGCUAGUGAAUAAGAUCUCCUGCGCCAUUGCAAGGACCAUUUAGUUACGCUUGCAGCUGUUUGGUGUGUGUUUUGCCAGUCCUGGUUCCUUGGACGCAUCACCUAUAGGAAAGGGACUAUAGGAAGUCCUGAGCAUAAAUAGUAGUGGAUUUUUGCUAGCGUACGUACACACCGCGCAGACGAAGAAGACCACGGUACGAUCGGGCACGAUCACGCUCGAAUCACCAGCGACGCGCGUCAGAGUAGCGAAGAAACAGCAACAAAAGAAAAGAAAAACACACAGAAAAACAGAAAUAUAAAACAUGGACAAACCGUCGCGUCCGGUGCGAAAUCGUAAGCGCAGUAGGAAAGCAUGGCCACCGGGAGAUAGCCACCGACCGGUGAAACGAUUAUUUACGCCGGAAAUUAAGCGUAUGCUCAAGGACUGGUUGGUCCGGCGCCGGGAGAACCCAUACCCAAACCGGGACGAAAAGAAGCUGCUUGCCAUCGAGACGGGUUUGACGUACACGCAAAUAUGCAACUGGUUUGCGAACUGGCGACGAAAGCUCAAAAACUCGGGCAAUGAUCCAAUCCGCAAGACGUGGGGUAAUCUGAUAAAGCAUUACAACACCAAUGCGCGCGGAAAUGUGGAACAGUUUAGCAUCUGCUCGAAUGAUAGCAUUUGGGGUGAGCACGGGGAGGACUCGCAAGGUUCCCGUUCAUCCUCUUCAGGCGAGCAACCUUACCACCAUCAUCAACAUCAUCAUCGACGCCAUCAUUACAGGCACAACCAGCAACAUCCCGACCGGAGUCCUUCCCGUGCACAGUAUGGGCAGAGGAAUGCUGGAAAACCGUACCAAGCGUACACGGACGCAGGUGGUAGAGGAGGCGAGAAUAACAAUAGCGAUGCGUGCCGGAACAAUAAUGUAGACUGUAGGGCGUAUUCCGAUUACUUGCGAGUACUGCCAGAGUAUGGAAGCGUCGAGGAUUGUCCGAAUAGUGAAGACUUGCGUGAUAGCUAUCCACCGACAGCGUUUCGAAUCGAUCAUUGCUAUACUCCACGCAACUACGAAACCGUCUUUGGCAUACCGGAAGAAACGAGAUGUUACAAGGUCACCCAAUUCGAUGGAAGCUAUGAUCCGGAGAGUGGGACAACACUAGAGCCUCUCAUUCUAACUGCCACACCUGCCCAUUAUGGUCGUCCUUACGCGACGAAGGAAGUUCCCAAUGGCGGAACGCUGUACCUCACCCCAACAACUACCCUUUCUCCAGCUGUCACUCCACCGAUCCCUAGCGGUAGAUCACGAUCGAGCAAAUACAAGAGCAGCAUUAUGGAGAAAUAUCUUCGCGAUCUUAGCGAACUGGAACCAGCGGAUGGGCCAGCAAAUGGGUCUACAACCAUGGUGCCGGUUUUAAUGGCGGCAAUACCCUUUCAACAGAAACACUGUGGCCACGCGCGUAGCCACGAACUUCAACUACAAACGCAACCUACGAUGGGCUAUGACACGGCCGUAUUACGAGGACCACCUUCAUUAUCGAAAUGGCUGGAAAGUGCCGCCAAGUUCACACCGUCAAAACACAACUACAUCGAUUGGGAAUGCUCGGGAAAACAAUCGUCAUCGAAGAAACGGUGUGAUUCUGAGAGCAACUACUACGGCAUUGCUGAUACCGGUGAUGAUAACGGUUGUGCCUAUGCGAGACCAUUUUAUAGCGAGCCAGCAACAACCGUUGGUACACUCGAACACCAAAAGGAUGAGCUCGAUGCUGCAGAAGCGCUCACGAGGCUGGCAAACAAUUUUCGAACGAAAUUUUCCACCUAACCCAAAGGGGGCCUAACAAGCAAACGUGGAAAGUAUAAUUUACGUCAGCGCAUUCCUAAACUUGUGCAGCAGCCAUAGCAAAAGAGACGUGGUACGUGUUCGAACAAUAAAAGGUGAUAGUGUUAGCGAAUGCUAGCAGAACAUACUAGUUUCAU